GGUUCAUCUACUGUUAGAUGCUGGAUAUCCAGAAGGAUUGCAGUUCAAGAGUCUCUAAAGACCCCUCUCUUCAUUUGUCAAUUGCCAACUUCUGAGCGAAGUGCCGAGCCAUCGCUUCAUAUGGAGAUAAGAAGUGAAUCGCCUCUGAUUUUCUGUGAAAUUUGCAGGGAAAGGAAAGAAAAUCAUCAGCUGAUCAAGAAUGGGAACUGUGGUCACCCAUUUUGCUUGGAAUGUAUAAGCAAACAUGUGGAGGAAAAGAUCAAAUUGGGCAUGAAAUUUGUUGCAUGUCCAGGCUUAAACUGUGAAUGUAUCCUACAAUUGCAGACAUACAAGCAUUUUCUCUGCAAGGAUGUGCUCGACCUGUGGGAAAAGGCACUGUCUGUGGAGCUAGUUCCAAACUUUACUUGCAGGAAAGAAUUGCUUGUGAAGACGGGUUCAAAAAAUGGCAAGGGAAAGCUUUUGACUGCUAGAACCACUAAAAAACUAUCACCACUGGAGGUGAAAAAAACUGUGCAGUUUAGUCAGCGUGUAGCAGGUACUGAUAAUUCGGCAGGAGCUGAUAGCAAGCAGAUAGUUCCUGAAAGGAAGACAGCAGCAAUAAAUGUUCCAAAUAGUUUCCUUUUGCAGCCUAGAGAGGUUCAAUCAGCGCUGCACCACAGAUAUAAUUCUCAUUCUGUAUUAUCUCUCAGCGGAGGAAAUGAAGUGCCCAAAUCAUCUUAUAGCUGUUUCAAGGACAUGCCUCCAAUAUUUGAUGACAUCACACCUAUGCCACCAAGACUGAAUAGGCAACAGAGUGCUGCUUCCAGUCCAUGGAAGGGUUCAGUAGACAGCGAAGAAAAAGUAGCAGAUGAUGUAGAGAAAUUUGAAACUGCUUUUUCUGGUGAUACUACUGCUGCAAAUGAGGAUGAUAGUGACUCUGAUGCAUUGCCCGAUACGGAUGACUAUGAUUCGGAAGCAAGUCCAAGGAGCCCUGAGAGUUGCAAGAAGAGCAAAUGGUUCAAGAAAUUUCUUGAGGGAUUGGAGUAUUUAAGUACAGAGGAGAUCAAUGACCCAGCUAGACAGUGGCACUGUCCUUCAUGUCAAGGAGUUGCAGGUGCCAUCAAACGGUACUUAGGCCUGCAGACCCUGAUGAAGCAUGCCAAAACCAAAGGGUCAAGAAGGUUGAGGCUCCACAGAGAGCUUGCACAACUGUUGGAAGAGAAGUUGCAUGGUAGUCAGGCAACUUCUGCUGCUCUAGGUGGUGAAGCAUGUGGUAAGUGGAAAGGUCCAAAAGAAGAAAAGAAACAUCAUGAGAUAGUUUGGCCUCCUAUGGUUGUUGUUGCAAAUACAACCCACAAAAAGGAUGAGAACAAUAAGUGGAUUGGUAUGACAACUCAACAGCUGCUGGACUUGUUCAGCUCAUACAAUGCUAUUGUCAAGGCUCAACACUUCUACAAUUCGAAUGGACAUUGUGGGAUGGGUAUUUUGAUUUUUGAGAGCUCAGUGAGAGGUUAUUUAGAGGCAGAGUGGCUGCAUAGGCAUUUUGCAGAGGAACAAACAGGUAGAAAUGCUUGGAAUAAUCGACCAGUCUACUUCAUACCCACUGGGGAGCGCCAACUUUAUGGUUACAUGGCAAUGAAAGAAGAUGUGGACACCUUCAACUGGUACUAUUUGAAAGGUAAGCCUAAGCUGAAAUAUGAGAUGAGAUCCUACGAAGAAAUGGUGGUGAAUGGAAUUAGGCAAAUGAGUGAAGACAACCUUCAGCUUCCCUGGUUGCAAAACAGAGUUGCCGAGCAACAAAGCCAUGCAAAAGACCUUGAAGAGUCCAUUGGCAUGUUGAAGGAAAAACUAGACAAGGCAAAUAAAGACUUGGAGAUCUUGAGACUAAAAGCCAAACAGCAGCAUGAGCAGGACAUGGAAGAGAUGGACUUUCUAGAGCAAUUUUACAAGGACCAAAUCAGAAAUAUUCUUGAAGCAAGAAAAGAUGGAGAUUUUCAGAAUACGCAGCAGAAGGAAGUGCAAGAAAAUGCAGAGCAAUCAAAUGCAAACCCUUCAAACAGAAAUGAUUACAUAAAGAACACAGAGCAAGAAAAGGGACGAGUGACAGAGAGCUAUGAGCCGAUUAUACAAGAAAACAUCAAUAUAGCUCCGAUUGGUAGGGAGGAGACAAUGUUCAGGACAGUGAUGGGAAGGAGACUCAAAACUGAGCCAGCUUCUAGAGGUGGAAAAUGCCUUGAUUACCGGGAAAAGGCAAGAACUGCAAGACAAGAGUUUUUUAAGGGAAAGUUCAUCAUGGCAGACCCUGGUGGAUGGCCUAUUAAAAUAACGAACGUCAUGCUCUUGAGUUUGGUUCUGAUGUGUUACUGUUUUCAAAAAAACAACAUAGUAUACACGGCUUUUAAAUUGGAUGCGCUUUGUUUAAAGGUUGCUCCUGCAUUGAUUAAAGCAAAGUAUGCGACCACAGUCCACAAUUCCUAUUCUUGAUCAGCUGAUCAUUUGGCUUUUCCCUCAGGUUGAGCACAUCCUGAGAGAGAAAAUGGUUGUAUAUCUGCAAUUGUAGGACACAUUCACAGUUUAAGCCUGGACAUGCAACAAUUUUCAUGCUCAAUUUGAUCUUUUCCUCCACGUGUUUGCUUAAACAUUCCAAGCAAAUGGGUGACUACAGUUCCCAUUGUUGAUCAGCUGAUCAUUUUCUUUCAUUUCCCUACAAUUUUCACAGAACCCAUUGGCAAUUCACUUCUUACUUUACUUCCGUAUGAAGCAAUGGCUCGGCACUUGGCUCAGAAGUUGGCAUUUGACAAGUGAAGAGAGAGGUCUUUAGAGCCUCUUGUAACUACAAUUCUUCUGCAUAUCUAGCAUCUAACAGUAACAGAACCUUAUCAUCUUCAUUUUUGUAAAGAAAGAUGGGGUGUGGGCAUCAUUUAGGGGAAGAAGAUCAAAGGAUUGGACUAUUGGCAUGUUAGAAAAUCUUUGUGAGUUCUCUUAGUCUAUCUUCUCUCUGCAAAAGGAGUAGUCUGUUAACCUGUAUUUAAAAGAGACUCACCAAGAACUUAAUCAUGGAAGUUUCCUUCUCAGUUGUCUCUGCUUGGACAACUUCUUUGAGGGGUUAAGCUUUUUUGGACUUAUGGAAGAGUACUAAUGAUUGAUUCCGCUUUUCGACAGUGGGGGCAUGUGUUUUCUAUUAAGCGGUUUAAGCCUUUUGUCUCUUCCCUAUAUUUUAAACUAAUCUAGGUGAACUAUGAUUCUGUUCAUUCUGACGCCUUUUAAUUGUGAGAAGAGGGGUUCUAUUUAAAGGCUUGUGGGUUGAUCAAGUGUAAGAGGCCUUCCUGUUCAAGCUCUAGUCAGUACUUACAAAGUUUGAAGAAUAAAAAUAACUUAACAUUUGUGUCCAAUGAGCCACUUAAAAAUAGGCGGAAGGACCAUGAUGAAGCCGAGAUUGAACGCAGAUAGGAGAUGAAGCCCAAAAGCAGUGGAGUGAACAAGAAUCUUGUUGAUUUCCAGGUAUGCCGGAUCAAAGUUCUGAUACCAUCUGUAGACUAGUAGUUUAAGGCACUUUGAUGUCAAAGAAUUGCCGAUCACCAUGAAAUUAGAUUGAAUUACUGAUCAGUUUGAUGUUUCUUACAUAGGGGUUAUACAUUUAAGACAUUUUCUUUGAUUUCUAUUUCUAUGUGCCUCUUUUAUGUUUGUAGAA